AUGGGGCCGGCAAAGGUACUCUUCGUGAUGGCCGAUUAUGGACAUGAUCCAACAGAAACUGCUGUCCCAUACGCAGCGUUUAAGCUAGCAGGAUUCGAGGUUCAAUUCGCGACAGAGAAUGGAAAGGCACCAGAGUGUGAUAAGAAGAUGCUCCGAGGUAUCACACAAAAGCUACUUGGGGCAACCAAGCCUGCCGUCAAUGCCUACGAUGAGAUGUCCAAAACCACCGAAUUCCUCCAACCGGUAUCCUGGUCCUCCCCGGAUUUCUCCCUCGACUCUUAUAACUUAGUAUUCCUUCCCGGCGGACACGAAAAGGGGGUUCGGCAAGUCAUCGACUCUCCUAUAAUCCACAAACAGCUCGCACAAUACUUCCCUGCAACCAGGAAGCCCAGCAAGAAGGCGGUUGCGGCUAUCUGCCAUGGAGUGAUGGUUCUCUCGGAGACACUAGACGCUGACGGGAAGAGCAUAAUACAUGAAUGUGACACGACUGCUCUACCUGCACGCUUUGAACAAGUUGCAUUUUGGGGAACAAGAGCAUUUUUAGGGGAUUAUUACAAGACCUAUGGGGUAGGAAGUGAUGAUGUUGAGGUGUCGGUUAGGAAACGACUAGACAAUCCCGCGAAGCAAUACAAAAAUAGUCUAUCACCAAGCCCGUUCGUCGUACAGGAAGAGAAAUUCAACUACCUCAGCGGCAGAUUCCCUAAUGAUGCUCAGCUACUGGCAGAAAAGACGAUUGCUUUAGUUCAAAGCAUAUUAUCAUAA